AUGGCAUCCUACGGAGGCUAUCAACAAACAGGCUAUGGUAGCCAAGGGGGCGAUAAUGCGGGUGGUUUCAGUCUCGGGUCACAACCAGGCGGGAGUCAAGGAGGUAGCGGUAACAACAAGAGGAACUUCGCCGACGACACCCUCCGCCCUUUGACCGUCAAGCAGAUCGUCGACAUCAAGGAUCGAUACCCCGGCGGCGAGAUAGUGAUAGAUGGCCAGGCGGUGACACAGUUGACGCUGGUGGGCCAAGUGCGGUCGGUGAAUUCGCAAAACACCCACAUACUGUACCACAUCGACGACGGUACUGGUAUGAUGGACAUCAAGAGGUGGGUUGAGCUAUCCAAUCAGGAUAACAUCACUCGCUUCGCCCCGGACACGUACGUGCGCAUCUACGGCAACAUUCAGACCUACGAAGGUAAGCGCCUCGUCACCGCCCACUACAUGCGCGCCAUCGAGGACUUCAACGAGGUCAACUACCACCUGCUCGAGGCGACCUAUGUACAUUUGAGCCUGACCAAAGGCACCGCGGCGGGCGGGGGCGAUCAGGGCGGCGACAGCAUGGAUACGAGCGGGGAUGGCUUGUUUGUGGAUAACAGGGGCGCAGGAGGAGAUGCCGCGCUCCAGCAGAAGCUCGGGCCCUGCAGUCGCAAUGCGCGGACUGUGUUCCUGUAUCUGUCUAAGCAAGAGUCUGAGGGCACACAUCUAAAUCAGGUGGCGGCCGGGACUAAGUUGACUGCUGGGGAUAUUAUGGCCGCGACGGACGAGCUGUUGGGUCACGGUCUCGUUUACACCACCAACGACGACGAGACAUGGGCGAUCAUGGAGACAUACGAUUGA